AUGGCUACACUCGCUCCACCUCAAGCUAUUCCCGAGAAGUUCCAGCUCCCCACUCCUCCUGAGGGAGCCACAUCAAGCCCUAUACUGAACUAUGAUCCUACUCGAUCACCUAUCGAUAUCUUCAAGAUGGCUGUGGCCACCCUCGUCUCAGAGGCUUUCGAAGAGAAAUUAGAAAAAAUCUAUCCUGCCGUGGAGAUGGGUAAGAAAGGAUGUGAUUUUUCGGUGGCUAUUGUAAGGUUUAAGAAAGGGAAACCGGCAGAUUUGGAAGUUUGGGCAAAGAAGGUCAUUGAUAAUUUCAAACCAUCUGCCUGCCUCAGUGCCGUCAGUACACCUGAUAACAAGUUCUUGUUGUUCCAAAUGAACAAAGAGUCAUUCAACUACCACCUCCUCCGACACAUCACCCUCACUUCCGAAGCUGCCCUCGCCAACCCCACCGACCCAACUUUAUCAUACGGUACCACGACAGAAGGUCAGGGUAAACACAUGUUGAUCGAUUUCUCCUCUCCCAACAUCGCGAAACCGUUCCACGCCGGUCAUCUUAGAAGUACAAUUAUCGGUACGGUCAUUAGUAACUUGUAUGAAGCGAAUGGAUGGAAGGUGACUAGGUUGAAUUACUUGGGUGAUUGGGGUACUCAAUAUGGUCUUCUAUCAGUUGGUUUUGACAAAUUCGGGGACGAACAGGAACUCAUCAAGGAUCCCAUCCAUCACCUCUUCCAAGUUUACGUGAAAAUCAACAACGCUAAAGCCGAACAGAAAGAAAGAUUAGAUGCUGGAGAGACGAUACCUGAAGAGGAUCAAAUUCACUUUCAAGCCAAAAAGGUGUUCAAAGAUAUGGAGGAUGGCGAGCCAAGAGCCAUCGCUCAAUGGGCUCGAUUUCGAGAUCUCUCGAUUGAGAAGCUCAAGGGUACUUACGAGAAACUCAACGUCCACUUUGACGUAUACUGGGGUGAAUCUCAAGUAUCUACGGAAUCAAUGGACCGAGCUACCAGGAUCGUCCAGGAGAAAAACCUUACCUGUGAGGACAGAGGAGCGUUGUUGGUUGAUUUGACGAAAUACAAGAUGGACAAGGCUAUCAUCCGAAAAGCUGACGGAACAACAAUCUACCUUACUCGAGACUUGGGAGGAUUGCACGAUAAAUGGGAGAAAUACCAUUUCGAUAAACACAUCUACGUCGUCCAGGCAGCUCAGUCACUGCAUUUUAAUCAAUUAUUCAAGACCGCUGAAUUGAUGGGUGAACCCUAUGCGGAUAAAUUACAACACAUCAGUUUCGGUUUAGUGAAAGGAAUGUCUACCCGAAAAGGAACUGUCGUGUUCCUCGAAGACAUCAUGGAAGAAGCUACUGAGACGAUGCACGAACAGAUGAAGUCGAACGAAGCUAAGUACGCUCAGGUGGAAGAUCCUAUGGGAACUAGUGCGAUCAUCGGUACGACUGCUGUGAAGAUCCAGGAUAUGGCUGGUAAGAGGAUCAACGAUUACGACUUCGAUAUCAAGCGAUGUACAUCGUUCGAAGGUGAUUUCGGACCAUUCAUCCAAUACUCUCAUGUCCGAUUAUGUUCCGUUCAACGAAAGAAUCCCAACGUUCCUGUACCGGUAUCAGUUAACGAGAUUGAUAUCUCAUUACUUAAUGAACCUAAAAUCAACGAUAUCAUGUAUCACCUCGCGACAUACCCUCAAACCGUCAAGAACGCCUAUAACUCUUCCGAACCUUCUCAAUUGGUCACGUGGUGUUUCAGAUUAUCACACUUGGUCGGAGGAGCUUGGGAGACUGUCAAAGUUGCUGGAGCAGAUGAAGAGACUGCUAAAGCCAGGCUGUUCCUAUACAUCCAGACUAGGGUAGUGUUGGCUAAUGCUAUGAGGUUGUUGAGUUUGACACCUAUCGAACGAAUGUAA